GGCGCGGGUUCCUGACCAAAUGAAGUCGCUACUCUUCCGGUGCGGCGCGGUAUAAAAGGCUGGCGAGGCGCUUCCGCUGCUCACGCACAUCUUUCCUUCGCUUCCCUUGCUUUCCCUCACAGCUUUCCUUCGUUGACCCUUCCUUUCAUUUCGAUCCUCCGAUCGCUACACUAUCCCGCGAUGCAGCUCAUCCCUCUGGUGUUCCUUGCCGCGUACGUGUCGGCGCACGCGACGUUCCAGGAGUUGUGGAUUGGCGAGACGGACGCUGGCUCGUCCUGCGCGCGACUCCCCGCGAGCAACUCGCCGGUGACGGAUGUAACGAGCGCGGACAUUGCAUGCAAUGCCGGCGCGGCGUCGAGCAGUGGAGUUUGCGCUAUGGCGGCUGGCGACUCGAUUACGGUCGAGAUGCACCAGCAGCCGAAUGACCGGUCGUGCGCGAAUGAGGCGAUUGGCGGAAACCACUUCGGUCCGCAGAUGAUCUACAUGGCGGCCGUGGACGAUGCCACGACGGCUGUUGGUUCUGAGGCUUCGUGGUUCAAAAUUCACGAGAUGGGUCUCAUGAGCAACAACCCGGAUUACUUCGGAAACCAGGUCCUCAACGAUAACUGCGGUCAUUACACGUUCACGAUUCCGGACGUCGCUCCUGGCCAGUACCUCCUUCGUGCGGAGACCAUAGCUCUCCACACCGCGGGCAGCGAGGGCGGCGCGCAAUUCUACAUGACCUGUUUCCAGGUCAAUGUUACCGGCAGCGGCACCGCGCAACCCGACACUGUCUCCCUUCCCGGCGCCUACAGCGCACAGGACCCGGGAAUCCUGAUCAACAUCUACCAGCAGCUCGAUGACUACACGGUCCCGGGGCCAGCGCCGUACGGCUUCACCGCGCCUGCGCCGAUAAACUCGGCGUAUCCGACGACGGCGACGUGGGAUACGGCGCUGCAGCCCACGACGGUGCCGACGGAGGUCCCUGAGUACACGGGAGGCGCUGGUGGGGCGACGACGAGCGAGGUUGCGGCGACGUCGUCGGUGCUGACCUCUAUUGCUGCGUCCUUUUCCGCCGCCGUCCCGACUUCUGCGGCUUCUAGCUCAGUAGCUGCUACCACGUCGGCGGUGUCCUCUGCUGCAGUGCCUGUGGAGACUUCCGUUCCAUCUACUUCGGAGGUCGCUUCUACCUCUGCCGCACAGUCCACUUCUGCUGUUCAGUCAACCUCGGCGGCAGACUCCACGCCAGUUGCUGCGUCAACCUCUGUUGCUUCGACCUCAGACGUCACCUCUGCGCCGGCCACUACCGUCGCAUCCUCUGCUCCUGCGUCGACCACGACUGGCGCUAUCGUCGACGCGAACACCUGCAUGAACACCUACAAUAAGUGCAUCGCCGCAAGCCAACCGAACCCGGACUGGGAGGGGUGCGGCGCGACGCGAGACAGUUGCUUGACGAGCGCGACGUACAACGCAAACAUGGUUGGCCGUGCACACAAGCUUCGGCUUGCGCGCCAGCAUUAGAUGGCACAUAUAUUCGAGAUAUGCGUGUCAGGAGUCCUGCACCUAGAUGACUGUAGGACGACGCGGUCGUGGUUUUGUCGGAGCACGGGUGGCCCGACGCUCUUACUUAUAGCGUGUCAGUGUGUAUCAUAGUUUCCUUGAACGAAUGCAAUCAUGUGGGGAAGUCAUUCUUGAGGACUGCCAGUGUAGUUCUCAG